AUUCGAUGGUUGCACAUACGACGCGUCUCGCUCGGCGUCGCGGUAUCUUCGUAACAUCCAGCGGGGAAGGCACUUAGAACGUGUUCGCACUUUGCCUCUGCGCUUCUGUUGCUUACAUAUUGGAUCGUAGUUUUCUUUCGUAUCUCUCUGAUCGGUUUAUAUUGGAGUGUCGAAUAAGUCCAACGUUCGUGUAACGGUAAUCUGCGCUGUUAACGUGGAACGCGGAAAGUACUCACUAGACCCAGGAGGUUGCACCUGUGAGGGUGAGAUAAGGAGUCUUUGGAAGGAGGAAAAGCGACAACGUCCAGCGGCGAGGAGGUUCCAGGUAUUCGUACAGAUCACAAGCGUCGAGCCCUUCGCAAGCUGCGCACUGAGUUCUCCAGCGAUGGAUGUCCUGUGGCAGGCCGGUGAGAUGCGCGCUCGGACGGCACUGAACAUAGCGCUGGUGUUGUUGGCGUCCAUCUUGGUUCCGCUGGUGGCGUUUAGCUGGAAACACGUUGCCACACUCAUCCGCGCCUGGAAGAUGCUGAGGAAUGUUCCGGGACCACCGGACUGGAUACCCAUGGCCUAUGUGACGUCAGCCAAGAAUGCGAUCUCCAAAGCCUCCUCUACUCCCGAAGAAUUCAAACUUCUGGCCCUGCAGUUCGUCAUAGGCUACGCACGGAUCCUGCAGACAACUAAGAUCGCCUUAAGCAGACUCUACAUCGGGGUUUGGCCCAUCAUCUAUCUCAACACGGCUGAAGCAGUCGAGGUCGUGAUGAAAAGCAACACGAUCCUGGACAAAGCCCUGCUGUAUAACCUGUUCAAUUCAUGGCUUGGCACCGGACUGCUCACCAGCCCGAAGCGCAAGUGGCGUGCCCGGCGCAAACUGCUCACGCCGGCCUUCCACUUCAAGCUGCUGGACGACUUCGUGCCAGUCAUGGUGGAGCACUCCCGCGCAUUCGCCAACCGCCUGCGCACGCUGUCCACGCAACACCAGCAGGCUCCGCUCGACGUGGUGCCGCUGGUGUCGUGCUGCACACUGGACGUCAUCUGCGAGACGGCCAUGGGAGUUCCCGUGAACGCCCAGGAAGACGAGGGCUCUCCAUACGUGCGGGCCGUUAAAGUCGUAUCGGGAUGCUUUCUGGAGCGCUUCGUCAGCCCCUGGAAGUGGGUGGACGUCUUCUUCUUCAGCAACCCUACGGGGUGGAAUGUCAAACGAAACGUCGAUUACCUGCACAACUUCACUGAACGGAUCAUCCAGUCCCGCAAGAAGGAGUACUUGGAAAACCCGCCGGUGAUUGGUUCCUCCGAAGACGAAGCGGGUAGGCCUUACGGCGGCAAGCGGCUCGCCUUCCUCGAUAUCCUUCUCAUGAGUCACCUGAAGGAUCCGAGCUUCACCGUGGAAGGCAUCCGCGAGGAGGUGGACACCUUCAUGUUCGAGGGCCACGACACGACGGCGAUGGGCAUCUCGUUCACGCUGUACUUGCUGGGCUUGUACAAGCAAGCACAGGACAAUGUUUAUCGGGAACUGGAGACCAUCUUUGGAGAAGACGCCGAACGUGCGGCGACCGUGGAUGACCUGAAGGAGAUGCGCUACCUCGAGUGCGUCAUCAAGGAGAGCCACCGCUUAUACCCACCUGUUCCGCUGAUCGCAAGGAACACCGACGAAGACGCCGACAUCCUGGGCUACCGUAUUCCUCGCGGCUGCAUGUUGGUGCUUAUCCCGUACAUGAUGCACCGUGAUUCGCGAUUCUUCCCAGAGCCAGAAGAGUUUCGCCCGGAGCGCUUCCUGCCCGAGAACUGUGCCGGUCGGCACCCUUACGCUUACAUGCCAUUUUCGGCUGGACCGCGCAACUGCAUUGGGCAACGAUUCGCUCUACAAGAGGAGAAAGUGGUGAUAUCCACAAUACUACGUCACUUCCGUCUUCACAGCCCUGAUCACCGCGACACCAUACGGCUCACGUGGGGUCUGGUGUUGAGACCGGUGGAUGGUCUCAGGGUGCAGUUCCUUCCGAGGAAGUCGGGGUAACGGUUUGUUGGGAGGACAGCUCAACAUUUCCUACGUCGCACUGUGACGUCCACAUAGCCAAAGGAAAACGGCGAGAGAAAGGAAAACGGCGAGUGACGCGUUGCUGGGGUGAAGCAACAAGUGGCUUCUCUUCCGAAGAACACGUGUAUAACUGAACUCAAUUUUACACAUGUGCGAUGCGACAAGAAAACGUGUAAUCAGUGUAAUCAAUUCGUCGUCGGCAUGGUUGAGAUAUAUAGCGUACGAUAGUACAGUAGCGUAUACAUCCAGAAAAGCGCGCCUGAUGUGGAAUUAUUCAUGCGGCAUUAAGGUGUAUUUAUGGCUUCUGUGGCGACAAAAUGCGCGCGAACUCAAGGCAUCGAACACGUUUGCUGUAUCAUCUUGUAUGUAUGUAUGUAUGUAUACACGCAAUGCUCGGGCGAUCUAUUGUCGUUGAUCCUAGUGCGAUCAGAUCACGAUGCACGUGAGCACACAGUGCCUCUAUGAAAGCUAUAUGCACGUUAAACCUUUCCCUCGUGCAAGUGUAAUAAAAAUAGAGUGGUAAUGCCUCGUUUGCGAUUACCGCGUGCACAUGUGCGCGCCUUGUAUAAGCAAAGCGUCAUGCGUGCGCACACAGGAUCUAGGAAUGUGUGUGACCUUACAGGGCUGACGAGAGAAGGUGACGUCCUUCAAUAUCAUUUUAAUCGCACUCGCAUAUUUUGUAGCUGUCCUGUCAGCUUCUUCAGUGUAGCUCAAGUUUGGUCAGGUUAUGUCAGUUAUUUCUGAAGUCUUUUCACGCUGUUAAGGCUGGAAACAUGCGCUUGUCUAAAACAUCGAACGUUGGAGCUAAUGCUGCAGGCGGGAGCACGUUGGUUGUGUUGUAUGUUGUUCUGUAUAAUUUAUGGGAUAGGUAGGCAUGGAUUAGUCCCGAUUUUCUAAUGUUUCCCGCCGUUGGAGAUGGAGGCGUUUUGAAGCGAUGUGGACUUCGAAAUGUCUACCAUUCCUUAAAGUGUCUUUUCUUUUGCGUAUGCAAAGAAAAGUACUUAGUAAGCUGGGUUCUUGCGCUGCUGAAGUCGAGGUUGCGGGUUCGAUUCCCGACCACAGCGGCUGCAUUUCGAUGGAGACGAUUGUAAAAAAAAAACCCGUGAGCGUAGAUCAAUUUGACCACGUAUGGAUAAGGAUCCAUACGUGG